AUGACGAUUGCCACUAGGGGCCAGGGAGUUGGUAUAGACCCUCCCGACAGCCAACAAAAUACACAGAUGCAUAGUCCACCAGGUCCACAACAAUUGGCAGACACAAUGUCGGGGCUCCAACUCACCGAGAAUGUGGUACAAACUGAAUGCAGCAAUGAUGCUAUCACUACAGUGGAGGAUAGCAACCAGCUUCAUGGAGAGCCUGAUUUUCCUAUUUCAAAACUUAAUAUGCUUCAUGAGAAGAUAUCUAGUCCACGAUGGGUUGUACCAGUUCUGCCCGAACAAGAAUUAGAGUGCCUGUUACAAGCCAGUAUCGAACUUUGUAAAAAAGGAAUUGAUGUACAAAGCGAAGCGUGUCAACGCUUUUUUCGAGAAGGUCUCACAAUCUCAUUUACCAAGAUAUUAACAGAUGAUGCAGUAAACAGUUGGAAAUUGAAUAUUCAUAAUUGUAUCAACGCUAACUGUGCACGUUUGGUGGAACUAUGUGUCCUGAAAUUAGAUGAGGAUUGGUUUCCUCUACUUGAUUUGCUGGCCAUGGUUUUUAAUCCUAGUAAUAAAUUUCACACAUUUAACGCAGUAAGAGCUUCAGAAACUGUUCCUCCUGGUAGCGAUAUUCCUGAUGAGGAAUUGUAUGCUCGUCCACCACCUGACUCGCGAAGUCCCCGUGGUUGGUUAGUGGAUCUUAUAAACAGAUUCGGCAGCCUCAAUGGAUUCGAAAUUUUGCUCUCUAGAUUUCAGAGUGGACGUAAUUUAACAGUGCCAGUUAUUUAUGCUUUAAUAAGACCUUUUGGCUUGUGUUAUGAACUAUUAACUGUUCACACUAUAGUUAAAUAUCUGAUGCCUAUUGUUGAAAUGGUACCUCUCAUCUUGAAUAAUUUAACUGAUGAUGAGUUGAAGAAAGAGGCAAAAAACGAAUCAAAAAAUGAUGCAAUAUCAGCCAUAAUCAAAGCUGCUAAAUGCUUAGUGUCACGCGUACCUCAUCAGGAAGAGAUGAUAAAGAACUUGGAAAUACUGAGACUGAAAAUGAUAUUGAGACUCUUACAAAUUUCUUCGUUUAACGGAAAGAUGAAUGCUUUAAAUGAAGUUAACAAAGUAAUAUCUAGUGUUAGUUAUCACCAACAUCGUAAUACAAUAGUGGAAGAGGAGGAAUGGCUUACCGCAGAACGUAUGGCAAAAUGGAUUAAAGACAAUGGGGUGUUGGAAAUUGUACUAAGGGAUUCGUUACACCAACCACAAUAUGUAGAGAAACUGGAGAAAAUUUUACGAUUUAUUAUAAAAGAACGUGCACUUACGUUAGAAGACUUAGACGCUGUUUGGGCUGCACAAGCUGGUAAACACGAGGCGAUUGUGAAGAACGUACACGAUCUGUUAGCCAAACUAGCUUGGGACUUUAGUCCUGAACAGCUUGAUCAUCUAUUUGAGUGUUUUCAGACAAGUUGGAGGACUGCCAACAAGAAACAGCGGGAAAAACUGUUAGAAUUGAUCAGGAGACUCGCGGAAGAUGAUAAAGAUGGCGUUAUGGCACACAAGGUAUUAACUCUCUUUUGGACAUUGGCUCAUUCUGAUGAAGUACCUACAGAAAUCAUGGAUCAGGCACUAAACGCUCACGUGAAAAUUCUCGAUUACUCAUGCUCACAAGAGAGAGAUGCACAAAAGACAAUCUGGCUAGAUAAAUGUGUUGAGGAGUUGAAAAACGGUGAUAAGUGGGCCCUACCUGCAUUGAAGCAAAUUCGCGAAAUAUGUUGCCUUUAUGAACCAAAUCCCAAUCUAGGUCAUAAUCAACGGAGCCACCAUUUACAUUACAGACAAGAAGUAAUAGAGCGUCUACAAAGUGAGCAUUCAGUGGUGAUACUUGUAACGAAUAGUUUAACUAAUUAUAUGGAUAAAGUACGACAAUUGGUGAAGGAGAACCCUGAAAUCGACGCAAAUACUUUUAUGCCUGACGGUCGAUACAAUCAUAUUAUGCAAGUACAGGAAAGAUUGAAUUUCUUGCGUUUCUUACUAAAGGAUGGACAAUUAUGGUUAUGCGCUGAUCAAGCAGAACAAAUUUGGCAGUGUUUAGCUGAGCAAGGUGUAUUUGUUUCGGAUCGCGAGGCGUGUUUCAAGUGGUUUUCCAAGCUUAUGGGAGACGAGCCAGAUCUGGAUCCAGCAAUAAACAAAGAUUUCUUUCAAAACAAUAUAUUACAGUUAGAUCCAACAUUGCUUACAGAAAGCGGUAUUAAGUGUUAUGAAAGGUUUUUCAAGGCCGUUAAUUCUAAGGAAGGGAAAUUGAAACUGAAACGCAGAACGUUUCUUAUGGAUGAUGUAGACUUAAUUGGGACUGAUUAUCUCUGGAGAGUCGUAACCAAUAGUCCUGAGGAAAUUGCAAACAGAGGCAUAGAACUGUUGAAGGAGGUGAACACCAAUCUAGGACCGCGAUUGCAGUCGUCUGUUUUAGCAUUUCAUGAGACAUACAUAGCGGAAUGUAUGGAUAGAUUGAAAGCUCAUUAUGACACGGUGACUGUUCUGAGUAAGGUGUAUCUGGAUGGGAAGGAAGAGCGCGAAGAACAAAUGACAAAUAAGAUUAAGAUGGAAGCCAUAAAGAUGUGUCGCGUGAUGAAAGUUUUGCAGGAGUAUAUAAAUGAGUGUGACACAGCUUUCCCAGGGGAACGAAAAAUAUUACCAUUGCAUAGAGCAGCUCGUGGCAAGCAUCUAUCACUUGUUAUUCGUUUUGCGAGUCCUGGUCGAAAUGUUGACGAUAUAGAUAUCUUUACGCAUAGUAAUGAUACCUUAGCCUCGUUGAGGCGUCAAAUAUUACGCAGGAUUAAAGCAAGCGGGACAAAUGUGAAACUCGAUUUAUUUAUUAAUGGAGAAUCGCUAGAACAAUCUGAUGAUAGAAAACUGCUUUCUCAGAUUCCGCUGAGAGAUAAAAUGUUGUUGUCGGCAAAGCUCAGUCAAGUGAAUAGCAAUAUGCCAAGUUCGCCAGACAGUAGCUCGGAUAGCUCUACCAGUUCUCCGCAUCAUCCAUACGACGGGCCGAAUGUAGAGGCAGAGAAUAGUUUGCCUGGUGUGGUGAUGUCGCAGAGAUCGCAGUACGCGACAUUCUUCUUUCAAUUAGCGGAUCUUGGCUGUACCCUUCAACAUUCGCAGUUGCGCGACGGUGCACGCAAUCUCUUGCAGCUGGUGCCGCCAGAUACCUUCACUGUAACACGAUUACAGUGGUUAUUUGGUCACUACAAAGACGAUGAAGCUUUACAGAUCGGUUCCCAUUGUAACGAGCAGAAUACGACAGUAGAUUCUCUAUUUUUUACUGCGAGUCCUAGCCAAGUUUUAUACAAUUUAGAGGUGUUGUACACUUUGUUGAUGCCGGCUCUCGACCCUAUGUCCGAGAGGGCAUUUGAAUUUCAAUAUAAUUUCAUAAAAAGUGGCGAAGCGGGCGUUAUCCUCGAUAUGCUGACCAAAAACAAGUUUUUACCAAAUGCGGACGAAACCACGAAGCGGUCUGCGUAUCUGACAGUGCUGAGACUCUGCAAGCUCCUCCUGACCGUAAUGGGCAACGUGAUGGCGUGCGUAAUGGACGAAGUUCAGCAGAGCGGAACCUCAGAGAAUCACGACAAUCACGUUAACAACCGUGGUCGAGUGACAGUAUUGAAACAAGCCCUUCAAAGUGUACCCAAUCAAAGUACCGAGUAUAUGCUGAGAAGCGUAGCGGCCAAACUGGCACAGCAUCUGGCGCACCGAAUGCUCUCUGGAGGGCCAGAGGCUGACCGCUGCCGGCAGCUUUUCGUGCAGGCCCUUUCAUGGGAAUUACCGGAUGUGGCUACUAUACGUGCCAUAAUUAGACUAGCGUGGGCCGCAUCCACGGGUAACUUGAACAACAUUAACGCGUCGAACGAGGCCCUUCAUUCGAUGCACGAGACAAAUCAGAAAGAACAGAGGAAUCCCGAUAAUAACGAUGUCCUCGUGUGCAAAGAAGCGCUCGAGGUACUGACGAUCGCCCUGGUAUUGAAUCCGUCGGCGCUAGAGACGUUGUCGAGGGACAAAAUAUGGCACACCUUCUUGAUAGAUCUCGUACUACUCAGCACGUCGAGGGCUAUCAGGAUCGCUGGUGGUGAACAAUUUUUUCUCAUAUCGACAUGGUGCAGCGGCGGGCAUCAAACGUUGCUGGUCACGAUAACGCUACUCUUCAAUGUUUUGAACACGACCGUUACGGAAAACGCCAAGCAAAGCCACGAAUACUUUCAGCUACUGUGCCGGCUUUUAAACUUCGCGCAUAUGUCAGGCUGUCCCCUUACGUCCGCGGAGACGUUAUUAAAUGUAGAAAUAGCUUGGCUGAAAAACGUUCGAGAUAACGUGAAGGAAACCGGGGAAAGCCAAGUGGACGAAGCCUUGCUCGAGGGCCACCUCGGUUUGACGAAGGAGCUCCUGGCCUUCUUGCCGCCCAACCAAAAGUAUGAGAUCGGCUCCGAUGAGAAGCACGGAGUAAAUUUGAUCAAGGAAUUGGUGGAGGAUUUUGUGUUCCCCGCGUCCCGACUUAUGCUGCAACUUCGCAGCACCGGCGAAUUGAGCGCUUCGCAGGCGUGUCCGGUGUGCACCACUCCUCAAUCAACCAGUGCCGCGUUCGACUUGCUCGUAGGUCUUUGCGUAGGUUGUGUACCCAACAUGAAACUUCUAGUCACAAUGCUCACCGACAUGUUUUACUCCGAGAAAGAUGAACCGUUACUAGAGUGGGAUUAUCUACCGCCUGUGGGACUUAGACCGCUUAAGGGCUUCGUAGGAUUGAAGAAUGCAGGAGCUACUUGUUACAUGAAUUCAGUAUUACAGCAAUUGUACAUGGUAGAGAGCAUUAGGGUUGGAUUAUUGGCGGCAGAAGGUGCGGCAACUGACUUGAACGAGGAUUUCUCGGGCGAAGAAAGAAUCGAAGGAGAGCAGACGAUCGAAACGAACGAUAAUGACACGAAUGAAGAAAAAUGUGGCGCCGACGAAUCCAGGAAGGAGUAUAACAUUGGUAUCUUGAAGCAAGUACAAGCGAUAUUCGGUCAUCUGGCUUACAGCAAAUUACAAUAUUAUAUACCUAGAGGACUAUGGAAACACUUUAAGUUACAAGGAGAACCUGUAAAUCUUAGAGAACAACAGGACGCUGUAGAAUUCUUCAUGAGUCUGGUAGAGAGUCUAGAUGAGGCACUGAAAGCCUUAGGACAUGAGCAGAUAAUGGGCAAAAUUCUUGGUGGCUCAUAUAGCGACCAAAAAAUCUGCAAAGGUUGCCCUCAUAGAUAUUCCAAAGAGGAGCCGUUCAGUGUGAUAAGUGUAGACAUACGAAACCACAGUAAUUUAUUGGAUUCUCUUGAGCAAUAUGUAAAGGGAGAGUUGCUGGAAGGGGCAGACGCUUAUCACUGUGAUAAGUGCAACAAAAAAGUUGUAACGGUAAAGAGAUUGUGCGUGAAAAAACUGCCACCUAUUUUAGCAAUUCAGUUGAAGAGGUUUGAGUAUGAUUUUGAACGUGUAUGCGCCAUAAAAUUCAAUGAUUAUUUUGAGUUUCCGCGUGAUCUGGAUAUGGAACCUUACACCGUCUCCGGUUUGGCUAAACUGGAGGGAGAAGUUAUCGACUGUGAUUAUGAGGAAUCGAUAAAAGGCACAUGCACGAAAUACCAAUUAAGUGGUAUUGUGGUUCACAGUGGUCAAGCUAGCGGUGGCCAUUAUUAUUCUUACAUACUACACAGGUUAAAUGAUGGCACUGCUAAGUGGUACAAGUUCGAUGAUGGUGAUGUAACAGAGUGUAAGAUGGAAGAAGAGGAAGAAAUGAAAUCUCAGUGCUUCGGCGGUGAUUAUUUGGGGGAAGUGUUUGAUCACAUGCUCAAGCGGAUGAGUUACCGCAAACAGAAACGAUGGUGGAAUGCAUAUAUGUUAUUUUAUACAAGAUUAGACGUAGAAGAAAAUUCUCUAAUGAAAAGUGUAAAUGAGUUGUCAUUGUAUACGAAACUAGGAGUUAUGAAAAUGCCGUCAGCGAUAGAAUACAGCGUGCGGAAGCAGAACAUCAAAUUUAUGCACAAUCGAAAUCAAUUUAGUGCUGAAUACUUCCAAUUUAUCAAGAAACUGGUGUCCUGCAAUCCACAUAAUAUCAACCGACAGAAUGUGAAUGAGAAGCUUAGCCCUGAAGCAGAAGAGCUUGCAAUGCUAUCUGUUCAGUUAGCAUCAAGAUUCCUCUUUUACACAGGUUUCCAUACUAAGAAAACGUUGCGCGGCACUGCAACAGAUUGGUAUGACAUCGUAUGUCAUCAUCUACGCAGUAGUAAAAAUGUCCGCUCUUGGUUCGCCAAUGAAGUUUUGUUUAAUCAUCCACACAGAUUUUGCGAGUAUCUUCUGAGUUGUCCCAGUACGGAAGUACGCACUGCUUUCCUCAAAAUAUUGGUAUUCCUCGCGCACGUUUCUCUGCAGGAUGGUCCGUGUGCUCCACCCAGUCUAAGUGCACCAACUAUACUCUUGGAUCCAGUUGCAACACUCAGUGAUCACUUGCUGCAUGCAGUACUGUCGUUGCUACACCGCGAAAUUUCGGAUCACGGGCGUCAUCUUCCUCAUUAUUUCUCCCUGUUUCAUGCGUACGCUUCGCUUGGACUUGCCGAAAAGGCGCAAUUGCUUAAGUUGAAUGUUCCGGUUACGUUCAUGUUGGUCGCUAUUGAUGAGGGGCCCGGUCCUACCAUAAAGUAUCAGUACCCUGAACUGACUAAACUCCAUCAGGUAGUGAGCAUGCUGAUACGAUGCUGCGAUGUGUCGUCGAAGGCGCAUUCGAGUCACACGCAACCUCGUACAGAACCUUUACCAAAUCCGUACGGCGACCCUGCCUGUCAGUCGGAAUACCUUAUGCCGAUCCAAUCGCAAGCAGCUGACAUAUUGUUCAUUCGUACUAGUUAUAUCAAGAAACUAAUCGAGGAUGCUAACGUGACUGAGGAUACAGUUAAGCUAUUACAAUACUGUUGCUGGGAGAAUCCGCAUUUGUCGCGAACAGUGCUAAGCGAACUGCUAUGGCAGAUAGGUUUCGCUUACACGCACGAAUUGAGGCAUCAUACCGAUAUACUGCUCGCGAUACUAUUAAUGGAAGAUUCUUGGCAGACGCAUCGUGUGCACAAUGCGCUUAAAGGAGUCCCAGACGAGCGAGAAGGUUUAUUCGAAACGAUACAAAGAAGUAAAAAUCAUUAUCAGAAAAGGGCUUACCAAUGUAUCAAAUGUAUGGUGCAGCUAUUCAGCAAAUGCAGACCUGCUCAUCAGCUUUUACAUCACAGUCCAGAGCUGAAGAGAAAAUGGAGUCACGCCAUAGAUUGGCUUCAUGACGAACUGGACAAGAGACCAUAUGCCUCUACGGCUCCUUAUACGCACGCAUACAAUAAUUGGUCUCCGCCAGCACAGUCCAAUGAUUCUGCAAAUGGAUACGUGUUGGAGCGCAGCAACAGCGCAAGGAAGACGCUGGAACGAGCGUGCGAGCUAUGUCCAGACGUUGACGAGCCAGAAGUCGAAGAUACGAGCGAAGAUUGUGCGGAAGAAGCCGAGAAAUAUCAACAUAUAUCUAAAUAUCAAUCUACCAAACCAACCAAAUUUCAAACCUCACUUCGGAAGAUUCGGAAGACGCGUAACAACAGAGGCUUAGAGUGGGCGUCAAUAGAUUAUCCCGAUUUUACCGUGAUUCAAAUGCAAGAGGAACAGCAGCCCCAACCAGGACCUUCUCCAGUACACACGCCUCACUUAGCGCUACAAAUGCAUAAUCCGCAAAACUGUGAGUCAUCACAAAAUACCAGCCAGGAUCCAUAAUGAACGCUGAAUACUGACGUUCUGCCAAGUUGCUGCCACAGUGAAACGAUUUCGGAAUACUUAGAUAUUACUGCGCCAGCAGCUUGAUGUUCGAACGAUAGAAACACAUGUACAGAUAUAACAAGUAAGGGUUUGUUUUUUAGCGAUCAAUCUUUAACAAACUCCAUGCUAAUCUCUUAGUUUCACUGUGGGUAGUCACUUUGAUAAUAUGACGCGCUAUGAAUGUUCAAAUUGCAAUGAGGUAACGAAGUGGAAGACGAUUCCGACUGAGAACUGAAUUAACGCAUGCUGGUUGAGGCAAUCGAUUCUCGACAAUAGUACUUUUUUUUUCUCUUUAAUCUCGAUGCUACUCGUCAUUUAUUCCGUUUGCGUCCUCCGACGGCUGUUCGGCUUCCAAUUUUGGAAAAGACAAUUUGAUUAAACAAAAGAGUAAAAGUACACUCUUCUUUCGCCCUCGAGAAAUCGAUAAAGCUAAUAGUACAGCUAAGAAUUUUAUUUGCCUCGAUUAAUGCAUGUGAAUUCAAACUUAGGAAUACCAUAAGAUUGUAUAAAUGUAUAGCGAGUAGUGUUACGGAAUCCCGUUCUCUGCCGACUAGAAGACAAAAAUAUAAAUCAUAAUUUUCCGUAUGCCUAUGUAAAUUUGUUACUAAUAAAAAAAAGAAGUUGAAAUAGAACUUUCUAAUAUGAUCGAAAGAUACGAUUACAAAAAGAAAAGAGAGAAGUGGGCUAGUAUGUUCUCGUCUCAUUCAGAGAAAGCACAGUUAUCAAAGCUAUGCUCUAACAUAUAUAAAUAUAUAGCUAUGCUAUAUAUAUAUACAUAGCUUUUGCUAUUUAAUCUUUUAACAACAAUAAAAGAAUCUUUCUUGUACUUAAUAAUCUCGAGCAUUCUGGAAGAAAGACACCUAUCAGUGGCCUGCCGUGCUGCUAAAUUUCAACAUAUGCCAAUGAUGCCUCCUGUUGUGCUUUCUUUCAGUUCGACCGAUUUGAAAGAGUUGUGCCUUCGACAUUGUGCGACUCCAUUGUACUUUUAGGUAGAUAUUUAAGAAACAAGUUGUUGCUUCAAAUUUGAUUGCUUAAUACUUCGCUUGUUGAGUUGACUAUGGGAACGAAAAGGAAAAUAAAUUAGAUUGACGGAAAAAAACGCGUGAGAUUCGAUAAGAGAUUUCGUGAUUCGACGUGAUCGUCGAAACGUAUUUCGGAGCCCGAAACGAGGUUGCCGCGGGCCAUUCUAGUUUAUCAUGACGCACGUACACGUUAAAUACGACAUCGAGUUACUGGUAUCGGUUACAUCGUAAGAACGUGAGAACGUGAAGAGACACUAUCCUCAAAUCCUCAAAAUUUUUACAGAUACAAGGAAUUGAAAAAAAAAGAAAAAACGUGACAGUAGACGUGACACAAAGAGAAUGUGGAGCACACAAAUGCUAGUUUGUAUUAUCGUAUGGUACGACUUAUCGUUGAUAGAGCUGUGGUCUUUCUGCGGAAAUGAUAAAAGCGAUCAUAGCAGACAUCAUCUCGGUAAUCUCUUCGACAUAUUAACGUAACGAAGAAGCAUAGAACGUCUUCUUUUCUAAAGG